AUGCGGUUGUUUUUCCUGUUUUCUGUCAUUGCCAUCGCUUUGGCUGCAGAAACACAGGAGUUACAACCAACGGAAGACCAUGCAACAUUUUCAGGGAAUCACCAUAGCAAAGCUUUCAACGUAGUGCAUGUCAUUGCUGGCGUGGUGGGUGUUGUGGGUGCAGCCAUGAUUGCAGUGGUAGCUUUUGUCGUAUGCAGACGCCAUCGACGACGACGACGAGAGUCGAGUUACAGCAACAAUAACGAUCCACAUCGUAUUUCAUCAUCCUCCAAAUCAUCUUUUCCUCCCAACAUGAAAUCAUCAGCACAACCAGGACUCUCAUCAUCAUGUGCACCCAUCAAUGCAUCCAGCAGCAGCAAACCGACAUCCUCACUUCCUUUUGACCAGUUUGCAAGCGCCUUUUCAUACGAUGAACAACAACAACGUCAACAACAAUCAUCGAGUGUGGCGCUUACAUCACCAUCAGUAUCUCGUGUUGCUAUACCUGAUCAUCAUUUACGACGCCAUCAAGAUGAUGAUAUUGAAGCUGGUCCUUCCAUGCAACAAUUGCAGCUUCAAUACAGGCUAAUGCAAUCUUCAUCACCACCAACAUCCACCGCUGAUCAUCAUCAUCACGAUACCUCACAAUCACCACCACCUCCUUACCAGCCGUAA